AUGUAUGCGUGUCAUCUCACACAACCUGAAAUUGAUGAAGUAAAUAAGCCGUUGGCGCCGCGCUGCCGGAGGACGUGUGCCUCGAGUGGAGUACAGACGAAGAAAGAGGGCGACAGGAGACUGAAUCUGGUCUCCAGAAGACAUGUUGUGGAAGUGAUUCAUGGAGAGCUUCACGGUCGACAAGUUCUGCAGAUUCUGUCUAGCGAGCAGCAGAGACGCACAACAGCAAGAGAUGGCUAUGCAAGAGAAAUUCAUCAUGAGGGUUAUUGUCUCAGAGGGAGACAUCAGAAAGUCUACAAUGACAACACGACCGGACACACUUGA